GAUCGUAGUACAACCAUCGGCACUAUGAUUGACAGUUACCUGAAGCAAUCGGUGGAGCUAGACGACCACACGAUCCAUCUGCUCUUUUCUGCCAAUAGAUGGGAAGUUUUGGUUUGGAUGUUGAGUGGUGUCGUCAGCCCGAUGUAGGACUCAUUAAACCCGACAAGGUCAUCUACAUGAUGGUCAGUGGGGACUGUGCAUCGCAGAGGUCACAGUUUGGUGAGGAGCGGUAUGAGAAGCUGGACUUUCAGGUUAAGGUCAAAAAUGUCUUCAAACAGCUGGAGGAUCCGGAUUAUUGGCAGGUGGUGAACGGUGAUGUCUCUGUCGAUGAGGUUCACUCUCAAGUUUAUCAGAUUGCUUCAGAGACCAUAAAUGGCGCGUCAGAAAAGCCGCUCUUGAAGCUGUGGACGGAUGGGACUGUUUCACAAGACAAAUGAGGGCACUGGUAUUUUUUUUCCUCCUUAAAGCACCAGUGGCAAGUGCUCUGGUAUGGUUUGCUCCUUCUUUACCAUUAAAUAUAUAUGUCGUCCUUAUCUCUACUCCUUUUCUUUGUAGGUUACUUUCUAGUAGCACUUCUAAUCAUCGGCACUUAUAUUAAUAUGAUCUAUUUGUGUAGCGAUUGCUGUAGACUCUUUGUAAUAUAAUAUGCGACAGCAGUAGAAAAUAUGUGGAUUGGAAUGUGAAAUAAGAGCAGUUACAGAUGAGCUGUUAUGAUUGGUUUUUCUUUCUUUAUUGUAUUUUCGUUUGUCCUUGAUAAUGAUAGGUGCAGAACUUGAUGGAUUUUAACAGUAAUAAUAGGCCAUUCCACAAAAAAUGGGGGGGGGGGUGUUGUUGUUAGAGGCAGCCUUCUUCUAACAUAAUUUUGAAAACAACCCUGCCUUUCCCCCCCCCCCCCCAAAAAAAAAAAACAGCAUGUACUCCUACUGUUUGUGUUGUUUGGAAUUGUCUUAACAGAUCAUCACCUCUGCGUUUAUGUGUCAUUUCGGUUUGGGUUUUUUUCAGGCUUGUUCAGAUGUACUCGGGCCAAAAUUUUAAUGUUUUAACUUUUUUGUAUUGCAAUUACUUAUCUGUGGUUUUGGUUGCAUAAAUAUUUUUUUAUGAAAUUAAAAUACAUUUUUCGAG